AUGGAAGACAGCGCAGAGAAGCUCUUGACCAAGGUGGCCUCGCUCAAUGACUGUCUGGACGACCUUGAAGAGAAACUGCAGCCUCUAUUGGCCCAAACUCUGCCAGAAUCCCUGCUACCACUGGAUACCAUGCAGCAAGUCAAGUUGAACGUAGCCAUACCAUAUCUUGUCUACGACCUCAUCUUCAUUUACCUCAAAACUCGGGGCGUUGACCCCAAGACGCACCCAGUCGUUGCAGAACUGGAGCGCGUCAAGCAGUACUUCGACAAAAUCAAGAACGCAGAGGAUCCCGAGAAACGAAAAUCUGUGCUCGACAAGGCCGCCGCGAACCGCUUCAUCCGGCACGCGAUCGCCCAAGUCCGCGACCAGGGUCCGCCCGGCGAGUCCUCCGCGCGGCCCAACACCGUCAUCCGCUUCGACGCCGACGGGAACCCUCCCGCAUCGGCCUCUGCGUCUGUGUCCGCGCCCCAGACGAACGCCGCUGCGUCUUCAUCUUCUUCGGCGACCCCGGCUGACGCCCGUUCGUCGAUCCCAACCCGCGUCACGAAGAAGAUGCUGCAGCGGGAGGCUUACCAGCGGAAGCUCGCUGAGGCAUUGAAGAACGGCGACAAGGAGGAGGAAGGCGAACCGCUGAUGGUCUUCGAUGGGACGACGGAGGAUGUCGGUGGGGCCAUGGCCGUGGACGAGGACGAGGAGCCGGAGCGGUCGAGUUCCAAACCGAAGAAGAACAAGGGCAAGGGCAAAAGCAAGGACAUGGGCGAGGUUCCUACGGUACAGACGAUAGAUGUGGACGAAGAUGACGAUGAGGACGACGACGACGACGGGCCUGGGCAGGGCAAUGGCAAAAAGAGAAGGGCUCCUGUCGACGUGUUUGCCGGCUACGGAGACGACGCGUCCGCCCCUUCCCCGAAACCCAAGAAGAAGAAAAACAGUCAAGCUUCCGCUGUCGUGCCCCUAGGUGCCGCUCCUGUGGACACUGCCGCUCUGGCGUUGGCCAAGAAAGAGAGGAGAAAAGAGAAGAAAGCGAAGAAGAAAGAAAAUAAGGCGUCGUAG